CCGGAUGUAGAGCGCCACACAGGAACAACAAAGAAAGGGAGUUCCGGGCUUUAAAACCUGCACGACAUCCCGACGUCCCUCUGCUCUGAUUUGGAGGGUGGAACCGGUUUGGGUUGCAUGUGAGGAGUGAGAGCCGAGCCGAGCAUGGCCGACAGUGCCGAGGACGUUAAGGACAACGUGGACCAACCAGAGGCCAUUACAGCCCCAGAACCACAGGAGGCUGGCGGGACCAGAGCGCGGUCCAGGGGCGGCUCAGGAGUCGAGGAAGGAAGAGCGGGGGGGGGCAGAAACGGCAGCAGUCCGGAGCAGAACGGCCAGCCCCCCACAGCCCGCCCUCCACUGGCUGUGGAGGCUGAGGAGGAUGAGGAUGAGGAGCUGACCUUGAAGUAUGGAGCAAAACACGUCAUCAUGCUCUUCGUCCCUGUGACGCUCUGCAUGGUGGUCGUCGUGGCAACCAUAAAAUCCGUCAGCUUCUACACCCAGAACGACGGACAGAGACUGAUCUACACACCGUUCCCCGAAGACACCGACACCGUGGCGCAGCGAGCCCUCAACUCCAUCCUCAACGCCACCAUCAUGAUCACCGUGAUCAUCGUCAUGACGCUGGUGCUCGUGCUCCUGUACAAGUACCGCUGCUACAAGGUGAUCCAGGGCUGGCUCUUCCUCUCCUCCCUCCUCCUCCUCUUUUUCUUCUCCUACAUCUACCUCAAGGAGGUUUUCAAGACCUACAACGUGGCCAUGGACUACUUCACCCUGUCUGUGGUCAUCUGGAACUUUGGGGUGGUGGGCAUGAUGUGCAUCCACUGGAAAGGCCCCCUGCGGCUCCAGCAGGCCUACCUCAUCAUGAUCAGCGCCCUCAUGGCCCUGGUUUUCAUCAAGUACCUGCCGGAGUGGACCGCCUGGCUCAUCCUGGCCGUCAUCUCGGUCUACGACCUGCUGGCGGUGCUCUGUCCCAAAGGGCCUCUGAGGAUCCUGGUGGAAACGGCUCAGGAGAGGAACGAGCCCAUCUUCCCAGCUCUCAUCUACUCAUCUACGAUGGUGUGGCUCGUCAACAUGGCCGACAGCGACCGGCAGCAGAGGAACUCCGCAGAAGCGGCUCCGCCCCAGCCGGAGACGCUAGAAGCAGCAGCAGCGUCUCCAGACCCCUCCAGUCCGUCCCAGGACGACGGCGGCUUCAGCCCCGGCUGGGUCACUCAGCAGCAGCACCAGCUGGGACCGCUCCAGUCCACCCAGGACAGCCGCAGGGAGGUCCAGCAGAUGCCGUCCGCCCGGCCUCCCCCGGAAGACGACGACGAGGAACGGGGCGUGAAGCUGGGCCUGGGAGACUUCAUCUUCUACAGCAUGCUGGUGGGGAAGGCCUCGGCCACGGCCAGCGGAGACUGGAAUACCACGCUGGCCUGCUUCGUCGCCAUCCUCAUUGGCCUGUGUCUGACCCUGCUCCUCCUCGCCAUCUUCAAGAAGGCUCUGCCCGCUCUGCCCAUCUCCAUCUUCUUCGGCCUGGUCUUCUACUUCGCCACCGACAACCUGGUGCAGCCCUUCAUGGACGAACUGGCGCUGCAUCAGUUCUACAUUUAGCAGGACCGGACAGCGCCCGCUGCACUGAGGGGAACUGCCCCCCUCCCCCAUCCACCACCAGCUCCAACCCCCCCCCCACACACACACACACACACACACAUACACAGACAGACACACACACACACACACACACACACCAUCACCUUCCUGAGAAUUCCCAUUGCCCUUUACUCUGCCUUUCUUUCUGCCCCCCCCCCCCCCCCCCCCCCCCCGGCAGCUGUUGAACAUUUUAUUUCGGUUUUUCAAACCAAGAUGACAUGGACUCUGUGUGUGUCGGACCAGGCCUGGUCUCCGGGGUUCUGGACCAGGCCUGGUCUCCAUGGUUCUGGACCAGGCCUGGUCUCCGGGGUUCUGGACCAGGCCUGGUCUCCGGGGUUCUGGACCAGGCCUGCUCUCCGGGGUUCUGGACCAGGCCUGCUCUCCGGGGUUCUGGACCAGGCCUGGUCUCCGGGGUUCUGGACCAGGCCUGGUCUCCGGGGUUCUGGACCAUUUCAGAGGCUUGGAUCGCUCCUCUUUCUCCAUCACCUGGAGCUCCAUGGGACCGCCGAGGGUUCAGUCAGAACUGUGACCAGCACGACAUGGAGAAUACACACAGGUGUGUCGUUGUGAUUGUGUGUGACUGAAUAUUUCUCACGUGCACAGCGGAGGGUCUGCUCUGUGGUUGUGACGCCUGCCACAGGGUUUUGUGCUCACAACCUGAGAGGAGACGCUGAUAGAAUGCAAAAUAAAAUGUGUGUGUACACACACUGGCCAGGCGGGCGGAGCCGCCGAGUCCAACAUUCAGAUCUACAAGAGGAGAGCUGCACAGCUCAACAGAACACACCACAGUGCACGUGCACACACACACACACACACAGCAGUCGGAGCUCAGG